ACAUUUUGCCCUGGCUCCCGAGGGAUGAUACGUUCGCUCUCUUGCAACAGAAUCAUGGAUUGGGCAAACGAGGAAUGUCAUGGGUGGAGCUUGCUGUUCGAACCAAUCACAAUCGUUGAUACUUUAUCAAACGUGCACUUGAUUGAUAGCCUAUUGCAAUAUGGCUGCGCCCUUUGCAAAACAUUUGGCACGUGCGCCAAUAUUUUUAAGGUAAUAAAUAGAAUUAUUCAUAGGCAGUGCAGCACACAAGUCAAAGCAACACGGCGACAGACAAAGAAGCUGAAGGCACAAACAGCCCCACCUCCCCAAUUGUCAGAACCACUGCCCCAAGAGUUUACGCCCACCUUCACAAUCACAGAGGAGACGAUUCACCAAACAGACUCAGCAAACUACGCCCAGACUUACCUCAAGAACAAACUGCGAAAGGCCGUCACUCCUCUGUGGAAGCUCCCUUACAAGAAACAGCUUGAGCUCAAGCAACUCAGGAAUUCCAAGGUACUGAUGAAACUGACAAAUUCUCUCAUUGAGCAAGAAGCUGAGAUUGGAUUGACAGAAACACUGGACAGGACUCACAGAUUUGGAGGACUGUGUUGUCAACUCGACACAAUAAAGCCUUCGCCGGUGACAGAAGGAUACAGGAAUAAAUCGGAACUCAGCGUUGGUGUUGGUGCUGAUGGAAACAGGAAAACAGUCGGUCUCUUCAUUGGAGAGUGGAAAAAGAAAAAUAUAAUAUGUCUACCCUCCGAUCCAGCCAGAAAUAUCAGCCAAGCACACAAAAAUGUAGAAAAGGCCUAUCAGACUUUUCUCCUGCAAUCCUCCUUGGACGUGUCACUCAGCUUCAAGGACAAUGGCAACUGGCGUGGCCUGGUGGUCCGUUCCAACCAAGAAGGCGAUCUGAUGGCCAUCGUCAGUUUUACGCAGAGUGACCUUAGUGAGACGGAGACCGAGGAUGCCAUGCUGUCACUCCAGGACUUCUUCGCUUACGGAGAGGGCAAAGACUGCGGGCUCAGCUCUCUCUACUUCCAGUCUAGCUUUCGGACAAGAGCUACCAAUGAGGAUGCCCCUUUCCACCUCCUCUUGGGCAAGCCACACCUCCAUGAGACCCUCUUUGACCUUCAGUUUCGUAUCUCCCCGGAUGCCUUCUUCCAAGUCAACACUCCAGCCACCGAGGUGCUGUAUUCCACUGUCAUGGAGCUGUGCGACUUGGGGCAAGACACAACGGUCCUGGACCUGUGCUGCGGGACUGGGACCAUUGGACUAGUCAUGGCAGACCGGGUGAAGGAAGUGGUGGGGGUGGAGGUCAUACAGCAGGCGGUAGAGGAUGCCAGAGUCAAUGCUGAGCUCAAUGCCAUCUCCAAUGCUACAUUUGUGUGCGGCCCAGUGGAAGAGAUCCUACCUGACAUCCUGCCGACACUAGAGGGCUCCGGUGACCUCGUGGUGGUGGCCAACCCUGCAAGAGCUGGGCUACAUCCCAGAGUUAUACGUAUCAUCAGGAGCAGUCAGUCCAUCAGGCGGCUGGUAUAUAUAUCUUGCAAACCAGAUGGAACUGCAGCUAGGAAUUUCACAGAUCUUUGUUGUCCCCCAACCACCAGACUCCACGGCAAGCCCUUCACCCUCACCAGGGCUGUCCCUGUAGACCUCUUUCCCGACACCUAUCACUGUGAACUCGCCCUUCUAUUUGAGAGGUGAUAUCAAGGUAAACCUUGGCAGUUUAAGACCCCCCUCCCAAAUAACUUGUAUCUUACAGGUGCAAGACCUCAUCAGGUAGUAAUAUACUCACAGUUCUUAAGUUUGAUGCUACAAUCAAAGGUGUGAAUCUUCAAGAGGCAUUUGAUUUCCACUUGAACAAAAUUGUUAUGAAUGAGGGUAUACAGCCUUCUCAUACAAAUGUUUCUAAAGUGGAAAAAAAUUCUGUAGAGCAGCUACUACGAAUGGCCACAAGUGGAGUUUUGUUUGACGGUGUGUCAGUACAAGUAGAUUAAACCUCAGAUUUCAUUUUAAGAGGAACUCAAAUCUUCAAAAGUGCGCAGGUUUUCAAAGCAUUUUCAAUUUAUUGGUAUCUUUAUAUAAGUUAAGUUACUACACCCACUUCAAUAUAUUACAUAAUUUAACUUAAUGUUAGAUAUUUACAUCUGGUGCCAAACCUGUUCCCACAAACCCUUUGUACAGUGCAGUAAAAGGCCUGACUUUGCCUUUCUUGUUGUAGCAUAUCGUCGUAGCUCCAGUUUAGUUCUUUCGACAACAAUUUGAAACGGUACCUCUGGAGAAAUGUGGUACUUGGAAAGAAACUAUUCACAAAUGAUUGUUUUUGUAAGUGACUUCAAUCAUGUCAUAACACUGCAUUAGUCAUUGUCAUGACAAGGUUUACAUUCAUCAAGAGUUGCAAAAAUUCUAAGGAUAACGCUGAUCUCAAAUGUCUUUUAUAUGAUCCUUGGAUAGGAUCCUGUUUAAAAAUAAACCGUUAGUUUAAAUAAACCUUUUUAAUAGUUUAAAUUUUGCCAAAAUAUCCAAUUACAAAUGUUUAAAUAACAAAGAAAUAACAUCCGACCCACAAAAAUUCCAGUACUGAGCAAAUAGUUUGUACUUAAAAGUUUAAACUAUAGGUUAAAGAUUAUACUGUGUUCACAGAAUUGUCUAUUUGUUAAAACGGAGGUGUUCUUGGUAGUUUAAA